AUGCCCGUUGGGUUAUACAUGAAUGUGCAGACAAUCACUAUGACUAAAAAGGAGGUCCUUGGCCUCUUGGUUUUAUUCAUCGUGUACGUGUUGAUAGGUGGGGCUGUUUUUAUGGCUCUUGAAGCCCCCUUGGAGGAGAAGAUGAGAGUACAGUUGAAAGAAACCCGGAAAAACUGGGAAGAUAAGCUUCUACGGAUGGAUCAUCCAAAUUUUACUAAAGGAGACAUCCAGAGAUUGGUGCACCACCUGGCGGAGGCGAGAAGUAAAAAUCUAAUGGACGAUUACGGAAACAACACUAACCUCAACUGGAGUUUUUACAAUUCUUUUUUCUUUGCGAUUACAGUCGUUACAACAAUCGGCUAUGGUCACUUAGCGCCAUCUACAGUCCCAGGAAGAAUCUUUUGUGUCUUCUAUGCUAUGAUAGGAAUUCCUAUGACGGGCAUUCUACUAGCCGGAAUCGGUGAUCACUUCAGCAAGCAGUUGAUUAAGAGUUUAGAAAGAGCCAAAAAGCUUUACAGCUCCAAAGUGGCGCUUGUACUCAAUGGCAUGACUUUCCUCCUGCCUUGGUUUGUUGUAUUUAUUAUACUUCCGGCAGGUAUCUUCGUGAUCAUCGAACAGUGGACAUUCUUAGAAGGACUCUACUACUGUUUCAUCUCGUUAGCAACCAUAGGUUUUGGAGAUUAUGUAGCAGGUAACUUUGAUGGAGAUUACAUAUGGAUUUAUAAAACCGGUGUGAUAUUUUGGAUAAUUUUUGGUCUGGGGUACCUAGCGAUGAUUCUUAACUACAUCUCCCGAGCCAUGCGAUGUAAGCAGAUUCGUCGAAUGGAAAAUGGCCUUUCGCUCAAAAUCCACCACACUCAACAGAAGGUGGAGAAAAGGGUAGAAGAUAUCCAUCACCUGCUUCAAGAGUUUGUCACUAAGCAGAAAUCCCGACGAAAAGUGCCAUCACGGGAUGGCUCACUUUCCUUUGGUAAAUUAGAUCAUCUCGAUAGCCCUACAGAGAGUGAUGGUACUGAAAGUCCUCGAGACAAGAACCACAACACAGAACUUCACCUUCAACGACUGAUAAAACUUGUGGAGGCGCUGAGACUCGAAACUAACAGCCAACAUUUUCACGAUCAUCAUUCUAACAGGGGGUUAGCAGAAGUAUUGGACCUGGCAUCAAGUACAGAUCUCCCGUGUACGCGUCGACACAGUCUGCCAGUGACCCUUACUUCAAUCACUAUACAUGAUGAAAUUCAAUCUCCGGCCAUCAGAAAUAGAAGCCAGCUUGUUUUUCAUUCUUCAACUCAUGUCAAUGGCUCUGUAGCUAAACAUGGCCGAUUUUCUGAAUAUCGCAAUCCUUUCCUUGUAAAAGGCCUUCUCGGAGUUCCUAAUGAAAACUUGAAAAGUUCGAAGUGUGGAUAUGUUCAAAGACACCUCCCCAGUUUUGACAUAGAAAGCAUAAAAAGUACGAAUUUGUGAUUUUUUUUAAUGCGUUUACCUCAUUCAUGACAAACGGAAAUAGUCAUGUGCCUUUACCUUCCAAACUCUGAUGCCCCUUCACCUCCGAAUUGUAAAGUACAUCAGAUAUUUCUAAGUGUCAUUGAUACUGAUAGUGUCAAAUGUUUCAUCCAUUUCAAAGUUGAUGUAUUAAAAUCUGCUUAACUUAUUGUUAGUCCACUGAAUGUAAUCAUACUGAUUCUGAAGCAAGAAAGAGCUGAAAAGAAAUAUAUUUUUAACCAACUCCACGUUCUGCCUUGUCAGUCAUCCUGAGAUGUAUUCAAGACGUAUUCAAUGAAACCUACUCUUUUCCAGCUUUUUGUGUGUAUGUGUGUGUGUAACUAUUGAUCUAA